AUGGGAAACGUGGACGUCGAGAAGUCAAUCGUCACUACGGCAAAGAAUGACAGCCAUGUUGCUUCCCGUCAAGCUGAUGCAGCAUUGGAGUAUCUCCAAACAGGAGAAGUAGCGACGUUCUCCGAGGUAGAAGAGAAACAGCUUGUUCGGAAGAUCGACCGCAUGAUUGUGCCUCUCAUGUGGGCGAUCUAUUUCCUUCAAUACCAAGAUAAGAUCCUAAUCAACUAUGCGUCGGUGAUGGGCCUGCUGGAUGACACGGGGAUGCGGACGGACCAGUUCUCUCACUUGGCUCUGGUAUUCUACGCAUCAUACCUUUUCUUCGAACUCCCGACCGGGUAUCUGAUGCAGCGUCUGCCAACGGCGAAGUACUUGGGACUGAACGUCACUCUCUGGGGUCUGUUGACCACUCUGAAUUGCGUUGCAAAGAAUUUCGCCGGGCUUGUUGUCCUUCGCGUGCUUCUGGGAUGCUUUGAGAGCGCUGUAGCACCCGCUCUGAUAUUGAUCACUUCGAUGUGGUAUCGCAGAAAUGAACAACCAAAACGUAUGGGCCUGUGGUACUUGGGAACAGGCACAGCAACGAUUGUCGGAGCCUUGGUUGCGUACGGUCUGCUCUUCUACACGGCCGAUGAGUUCUACUCAUGGCAGAUCAUGUUCCUGAUCUUCGGACUCCACGAGGAGAAGAUUAUGGCCAUCGAGCGCCUCCGCGAGAACCGCACCGGCAUCGAGAACAAGCAGUUCAAGUGGAACCAGUUCCUCGAGGUAUUCACCGAUCCGCAAGCCUACCUGAUCGCCAUCAUCGUUGCAGCGAGCAACAUCAGCAAUGCCGCCAUCAGCAGCUUCUCGGCGCUGAUCAUCAAGAACUUUGGCUUCACCACCAAGGAGACCGAGUUACUCACCAUUCCCGGCGGCGUGGUCAGCGUAAUCAGUAUCCUUGCAGGAACACACCUGGCCGGGCGCUUCGACCAGCGAUGUCUUUGCGUUCUGGGCAUUCUGGGCUGCGGUCUUCUGGGCGGCUGUCUGAUGGCCUUUGCACCGAGUGACAACAAAGGCGCGAUGCUGGCGGGCAACUACCUCACCAACUGCGUCGGAUCCGCCCUGCCCCUGAUGUACUCGAUCGCGGGAGCCAAUGUGGCCGGGCAUACCAAGAAGGUGACGAUGAACGCGAUCGUGCUCAUGUCGUUCUGUCUCGGCAAUAUCCUGGGUCCGUUGUCCUUCCGCACGCAGGACGAGCCGGAGUACAUGCCCGCCAAGGUCGCCAUUGUGGCUACCGUCUCGGUGGCGAUCAUGUUCACGGGGCUUCUCAAGUGCUAUUACAUCUGCGAGAACCGCCGCAGGGAGCAGAAUGGCCGCGGUGAGCAACAUCAAAAAAAUUCCGAGUUCCUCGACUUGACCGACAGGGAGAAUCUUGAGUUCAGGUACAAGCAUUGA